AAGGAUUUGAAGCGUUAAAGUUUCCUGGGGAUUUUAUACGGACAACAUUUAAAAGACUAUAAUACCCUUUAGCAUUUGAAAUAGUAUUGUUUCUGAGGCUCUCAGCUUUUUCUGCUGAGGCCGAAGCGACCAGGAGAAGACGAUGGAGAGCAUCCACCGUUUCUCAAAUCGCCUAUUUCCCAUCUCCAUUGCUGAGAAAUGCUUCAGAAACUCGAAAUGCAAUCGAUUUCUGAGACACCCAUCUCUGUGUAUCCAUGGAAAUAGCGAAAGAUUGUUAAAAUUGGGACCUUCAGAGAUGAAUAGAGCCUUCAAUGGUGAUUUCAUGACUAGAAGAACCUAUAACUCAUCUUCUUCGACUGCACGAGCAGGAGUAGGAUGGUUUCGGGGCUUCGGAGAGAAGAAGCCCAAUUUGCCUGAGAUAGUGAAAGCCGGAGAUCCCGUUCUUCACGAGCCUGCGUCAGAUGUCAGCGUCGAUGAAAUUGGGUCGGAGAAGAUGCAGAAACUAAUUGAUGAUAUGAUUAAGGUCAUGAGGAAUGCACCUGGGGUUGGUCUUGCUGCUCCUCAGAUUGGAAUACCUUUGAAGAUAAUUGUUUUGGAGGAUACAAAAGAAUAUAUUAGUUAUGCUCCAAAGGAAGAAACUAGAAAACAAGACCGACGCCCAUUUGAUCUUCUGGUAAUACUGAAUCCAAAACUUAAAAAGAAGAACAACAAAACUGCAUUAUUCUUUGAAGGGUGUCUAAGUGUUGAUGGAUACAGAGCAGUUGUUGAGCGUUACCUCAAUGUUGAGGUUACAGGAUUGGAUCGUUAUGGUCAACCCAUCAAAGUAGAUGCAUCAGGUUGGCAGGCUCGUAUACUACAGCAUGAGUGUGAUCACUUGGAUGGAACAAUAUAUGUUGACAAGAUCGUCCCCAGAACAUUCCGGACUGUUGAGAAUUUGGAUUUGCCUCUUCCUACAGGGUGCCCCAAGCUUGGAGUUUGCUAGCUUAUAUUUAGAAUUUUUCAGGGGGUCUUCUCUCCCCCAUUACCAUUCCUUGAAAAAAAAUACUAUUUAAUCCCUGUGAUGAAAAUUCAACAAAUCUGCUCAUUAGUGGUGGUUUUGAAGGCAACUACAUAUUAAGCAAAAAAAUUUACUAGUGGUGUUCCUGGAGUUAA